GUGUGUGUGGCUGCUGUGGUGCUCUGCGUCCUCGCUACAAAAGGCUCGUGGACAACAUCUUCCCUGAGGAUCCAGAGGAUGGGCUGGUGAAGACCAACAUGGAGAAGUUGACUUUCUAUGCCCUGUCUGCUCCGGAAAAGCUGGAUCGGAUCGGUGCCUACCUCUCGGAGCGACUCAUCCGGGAUGUCAGUCGGCACCGCUAUGGGUACGUGUGCAUUGCCAUGGAGGCUCUGGACCAGCUGCUCAUGGCCUGUCACUGUCAGAGCAUCAACCUCUUCGUGGAGAGCUUCCUCAAGAUGGUGGCCAAGCUGUUGGAGUCGGAGAAGCCCAACCUGCAGAUCCUGGGCACCAACUCGUUUGUGAAGUUUGCCAACAUCGAGGAGGACACGCCGUCCUAUCACCGCAGCUAUGACUUCUUCGUGUCACGCUUCAGCGAGAUGUGUCACUCCAGCCAUGAUGACAUGGACAUCAGGACAAAGAUUCGGAUGUCUGGCAUUAAAGGCCUGCAAGGAGUGGUGAGGAAGACAGUGAAUGAUGAACUCCAAGCCAACAUCUGGGAGCCACAGCACAUGGAUAAAAUUGUUCCCUCGCUGCUCUUCAACCUGCAGCACGUGGAGGAGGCAGAAAGCCGCUCCCCUUCCCCGCUCCAAGCCACGGAGAAGGAGAAGGAGAGUCCAGCAGAGCUGGCGGAGAGGUGCCUGAGAGAGCUGCUGGGCCGAGCAGCCUAUGGCAACAUCAAGAAUGCCAUCAAACCUGUCCUCAUCCACCUGGAUAACCACUCGCUGUGGGAACCCAAGAUCUUUGCCACUGGCUGCUUCAGGAUCAUCAUGUAUUCCAUCCAGCCUCAGCAUUCCCACCUGGUGAUCCAGCAGCUCCUGGGGCACCUGGAUGCCAACAGCAAGAGCGCGGCCGCAGUACGAGCUGGAAUCGUGGAGGUCCUCUCAGAAGCAGCUGUGAUUGCAGCCUCUGGAUCUGUUGGCCCCACAGUGCUGGAGGUGUUCAACACCUUGCUGAGGCAGCUGAGGCUCAGCAUUGACUACGCCCUGACUGGGAGCUACGACUGCAGCGCUGGGGUCGGCACCAAGAUCAUCAAGGAGCACGAGGAGAGGAUGUUCCAGGAGGCUGUCAUCAAAACCAUAGGGUCCUUCUCCAGCACGUUGCCUACCUACCAGCAGUCAGAGGUGAUGGUCUUCAUCAUGAACAAGGUGCCACUGCCUUCCUCACAGCAUUCCCUCGAGCCUGGCAGAGAUGGGGAGAACCGGAAUCGCCUGACACAGAUAAUGCUCCUCAAGUCCCUCCUCCAGGUCUCUGUGGGAUUCCAGUGCACUAACAUGCUGACAGCACUUCCCAGUGCCUUCCUGGACAGACUUCUCUCCUCAGCCCUCAUGGAGGAUCCCGAGAUCCGACUCUUCGUCCUGGAGAUCCUCAUCAGCUUCAUCGACCGCCACGGGAACAGGCAGAAGUUCUCCCCCAUCAGCACCAUCAGUGACAUCUCCGUUCUGAAGCUGAAGGUGGAGAAAUGCUCCCGACAGGACACUGUCUUCAUGAAGAAGCAUGGGCAGCAGCUCUACCGCCACAUCUACCUGAUAUGCAAAGAGGAGAGCAACGUGCAGGCUCACUACGAGGCUCUCUACAGCCUCCUCAUGCUCAUCAGCAUCGAGUUGGCCAACGAGGAGGUUGUGGUGGAUCUCAUCCGCCUGGUGCUGGCAGUGCAGGAGGUUGCCCAACUCAAUGAGGACAACCUGACGUCCUACAACCGCUGUGCACUCUUUGCCCUGGGAGCAGCUUAUCUGAACCUCAUUAGCCAACUCAUCACCGUUCCCACCUUCUGCCAGCACAUCCAUGAGGUCAUCCAGACGCGGCAGAAAGAAGCUGCUUAUCUGCUCCCUGAGGAUGUGUUUGUGGAGAAACCCACGUUGAGCAAAAGCCUGGACCACUUGGGCCCAGAGGUCUUCUUCUGGCAGAGCAAGAUCAGUGAGGUCCUGGGGGGAAGUGGCUACAACUUGGAGCGGCUCAGCACACCCUACAUCCCUCAGCUGACAGACGAGGAUCGAUUGUCCAAGAGGAAAAGCAUUGGUGAAACCAUUUCCCUGCAGGUUGAGAUGGAGUCAAGGAACAGUCCAGAGCGGGAACAGAGAGCACCAGCAGAGGAGAUCACCUACGAGACGCUGAAGAAGGCAAUAGUAGACAGUGUGGCCGUGGAGGAGCAGGAACGGGAACGGCGGCGCCAGGUGGUGGAGAAGUUCCAGAAGGCUCCGUUCGAGGAGAUCGCGGCUCACUGCGGAGCACGGGCAACUCUGCUGCAGAGCAAACUCAACCAGAUCUUCGAGAUCACCAUCCGGCCACCUCCGAGCCCCUCUGGCACCAUCACAGCUGCCUAUGGCCAAUCCCAGAACCAUUCCAUCCCGGUCUACGAGAUGAAAUUCCCGGACCUGUGCGUGUACUGA